AUGGAAAAUGGAAUACAUAAUUUAGAUAAUGAUAAAACAAAAAGUUUGAUUAUCAUGUAAUUUAAUAUUUUAAAUAUUAGAUCUGAAGGAAUUUACUCAUACGAAAAUAAAAUUGGGAAAUGGAUUGAAUUAGAAUAACAUGACUAAAAGUAUGUAAUAUUAAAAUUAUAAAUUUUUAGAGCUUAUCUAGUUAUUUAUGAUGGUUAAUAUCAGAAUGGAAUUAAAAUUGAAAAAUGGGAUAUUUUAUACAGAAAUAAUACAAAUCAAGAGUUUAUAAUUAUAUAAAAUGAAGUUAAUGAAGAAAUUCUCAAAUGGAUAGCCGCCUGAAAGGAAGAAACUCUAAUAAAUUUUAGUAGUUAGUAUAGGAAUCAAAAAGAUUAUACUUUAUCAUGGUUUAAAAAAGGAUAAUUGAUAGAUUUGAACAAUAAUUUUUGCAGUUAUUUAAAAUAAUUUGUUGAUAGUAAAGCUUAAAUUCAUGAAUAAGGUGAAUAAGAAAAUAAUAGAAGAGUAGGAAAUUGGAAAUAUAUGUAUAAGGAUAAAAGUAUGCAAUAUAAUAAAAUAUUAAUCAAGUUAGAGGAGAAUAUGAAAAAUAAGGUUGGUGGUAGGGCUAAUGGAUAAUAUUUAGUGAAGGAUUUUCUCUAAAAUGGCAAGAAAUUUAUAAUGGUGCGUAUUAAAAUGAUAAGAGCGUUCUUAGGUGGGAUGUUUUGUAUAAGGCAACUAAUUCUGAUUACUUUAUAUUAGGUAAAUUAUUUUAUCUAUAAUUGUACAUUUAGGGUUGGAUUAUAGAAUGAAAAAGGUUUGAAAAAUGGUUAGUAGAUCAAGUUGAGAUUAGUAAGUCAUGUAUUUAGAUAGUUAUUCACAUAACAUUAUAUGAAGGUUGGUAGAUGGAAUAUAAAUUAUAGAAAUGCUUAGGAUGAACCAAUUGAAUAGAUGUAAAAUUAUAUUAUCACCUUUUUUGUUAGAAUGAUUCAGUGAUGAUAUCAUCUAAGAAGUAAUGGUUUCAAGGCAUAAAUAUUGAUUGAUAUAAGGGAUGGAUUUAGAGGAUAAACACAAAUAUUUUCAUAAUGGAGAAGAGAAGUAAAGAAAAAAAAAUUUGGAUUUGGGAGUGUAUAGAUAUAACAGCAAGUCAAAAAUGUUAAGAAACAAAAAAUGGUAUUUGAAAUAAUUUAAUUCAAUAGUUAAAGAAUAAUUAUACUUGUAUCAUUUAUAUUAAGUUUAUAAAUUUAAUAGAUUCAUCUAUUAGUUUAGUUGAAAUUACCGAUUUUUCUAAGAAAUUUAAUAAAUAGAUAUAAAAAUCUUAUCAUUUGAUGAGAACAAAGAAUUCUUUAAUUAAGCACUAUUAAGUGAAAAAAGUAAUUAGUGCAGAAAUUAAGUUCAAAGGUAUGAAUUAAUUCAUAAAUAAUUAGUGAUUAUGAUUAAGAUUUAUAAAACUAAUAAAACAAUAGUCUUAUUAUUUUUCGUUUAUAAUCCUAAUUAUAUCUUAAAACAACUGAUUAUUCAUUAAUUUGUAAAUUUGAAUUAAGACUUUCAAAUAUAUUUUGUAAGGAUCGAAUGUGGAUCUUGA